AACUAAAGGCUGGAAUUAUAUUAAAUGAUGUCCACCGAGGAGAAUGAACUUACUCAGACACCCUUGCUCAAGAUCUGGGUGCCAUGGGCUGGAGGCUCCCUCAACCAAAGGAGAGGCUCCUCAAGACCUCAGUUCACAAACUCCCCAACCUUGAUUGUAAUGGUGGGUCUUCCUGCCAGAGGAAAGACUUAUAUCUCCAGGAAACUCACACGCUACCUCAACUGGAUUGGUGUCCCAACUCAAGUCUUUAAUUUGGGCCAGUACAGAAGAGAUGCAGUCAGUUACAAAAACUAUGAAUUCUUUCGUCCAGACAAUGAAGAGGCCAUGAAGAUCCGCAGAGCCUGUGUUUUAAAUGCCCUUAAGGACAUUGCUAACUACCUCAACAAGGACCAAGGACAAGUAGCGGUAUUUGAUGCCACUAACACCACCAGGGAGAGAAGAGGGGUCAUCAUCAGCUUUGUCAAGGAAAGGGGCUACAAGGUAUUCUUCAUCGAGUCCAUUUGUGAUGAUCCAGAAAUAAUUGAGGCAAAUAUAAUGGAAGUGAAAGUGAGUAGCCCGGACUAUGUGAACUGUGACAAGGAAGAGGCGGUGGAUGAUUUCCUGAAGAGGAUAGAAUGCUACAAGACGACCUAUGUUAGCCUGGACGAGGAAAAGGACAAGAAUCUGUCCUAUAUUAAGAUUUUCAACGUGGGCUCCAAGUAUUUGGUGAACAGAGUCCAGGAUCAUAUCCAGAGCCGGAUAGUUUACUACCUCAUGAACAUCCAUGUCACACCACGCUGCAUAUACCUUAGCCGGCAUGGGGAGAGCGAGCUGAACCUGCAGGGACGCAUCGGAGGGGACUCUGGGCUCUCCUCACAAGGCAAAAGUUAUGCUACAGCCCUUGCAGAGUUCAUCAGAAGUCAAGACAUAAAAGAUCUAAAAGUUUGGACGAGCCACAUGAAAAGAACCAUACAGACAGCCGAGACUCUUGAAGUUAUGUACGAGCAGUGGAAGCCCUUGAAUGAGAUUGAUGCUGGUGUCUGUGAAGACAUGACAUAUGAAGAGAUCCAGGAGAACUUCCCAGAGGAGUUUGCCAUGAGAGACCAAGACAAGUAUCGGUACAGAUAUCCCAAGGGAGAGUCUUAUGAAGACCUGGUGCAUCGUUUAGAGCCAGUCAUCAUGGAACUGGAGAGACAGGAGAAUGUCUUGGUCAUCUGCCACCAGGCAGUCAUGCGAUGUCUGUUGGCCUACUUUCUGGACAAAAGCUCAGAUGAACUUCCAUACCUGAAAUGUCCUCUCCAUACUGUACUCAAACUAACACCCAUGGCCUACGGAUGCAAAGUGGAGUCUGUAUAUUUAAACAUCAAGGCAGUCAACACACACAGAGAAAAACCUUCGAAUGUGGAUGUGACCAGACUACCAGAAGAAGCCCUGCUGACUGUUCCAGAGCAUUUCUGACAUAUGGCAUCAUGUUAUGGUGAAGACAGUUAAAGUCAAAAGUUUACAUAUAUUUGUAUGCAACGUGUAUGUCAUUGCAGUCUGGUCCAUUCUGGUCCAUAUACUUGAUUUCUCACUGUUUUGACACUGGUUGUUCCUGAUGUAGCUUAUACACUGUGAAGGGCUCAAUGGCUAAGCUGUUUGGCCACUUCCCCCCCUUCAGACAUAACCAAUUGUGUCUCCCAAGUGGCUGAAAGCACCACUAGGAUUUGUGGGCUAUCACAAGUUACGGCUGCACUAUCAAGAGCCCAUAUCACUAAUUAAUUGUUGGUGACAGCCCCGGUUCUGGACUGCUUUGCUUGGGGGGGCAGUAAAACCUAAUGAGGGGGCAUGUUGAUAGUCAUGUUUUUGAAGCCAGAAAUAUAUUCAAGGCUUGAUUUGUGCAUGAAUGAUGACAGCCAAGCUAUUGAUACUGGCUUAAAGUGAUGUAUGAGGUAAAGAAAUAAAAAUGCAUGUUUUCGAACUUAAACUUAAAACCCAAUGAUUAAAAAAUACAUGUUGAUUAUGUAAAUGGAGAAAAAAGAUUAUCUAAUUGUAUUUCAUUUUAAUUCGCCCCCUUAAUUAAAUUGCCAUUACUAAUAGAACAACUCUAUUUCUUGAAAGGCUUUAAUACAAAUUUAAGUCAAAGCUGAAAAAUGUACCUACACACAGACUGAGAAUAUUCAAACGUGGAAACGUGUUUACCAGUAUACCUGCCUCUCGCUCACACUAACAGAACAUAUACUGCCGAACUGAACUGUUUGGGGCAGUCUGCCGAUUUUUAUAUGACUCAAAGAGCCAAUCAGGAAUAAGCAAGGAAAUAUCUUCACACUGUAAAACAAAAUGCAUUUUUGUGAUUGGUUCAGAGAUAAUUUUAAAAAUAGCCGUUGCUUGCAUUGUGCUUGGGGGGGCAAAGACACAAUUUGGGGGGGCAAUGCCCCCCUCAGCCCCCCCCCCCCCCCCCUAGCGCCGGCCCUGGUUGGUGAUUAUAACUGACUUACUGAUUUUUGUGCUUAGUAAAAUAAACAUAGUUUGAUUGCACCAAUUAGAUUGAGGACAACAGGACAGUUUGGUUUAGAUACUCUGUUCAGAUCCCAGAAAGCAAAUGAUUUAAUGUCACUUAAAGCCAGUUCUAAACAAACUCAGACACCAAAUUCAACAGACAAAAUGCACAGACAAUUCACUUUAUGUAUAUUUUAGCUCAUCUUUAAAAAAAACUAAGGAAAAAACACAAUAAGCUUGUGAGACUUGUGAAAGUGUAAUUGUGUUUAAUCAUUCAGUCACUAAAAAAGAACAGUUUAAGAAAUUACUGACAUCCCAUGACGGCCAUUGCAUACAUGUUCCUUACAAGUCAAGGUCAGCUUUUUACUUUAAUGGUAUUGAAUAAACUGUUAAUGCUUUAGCCCUGUAGUCAUUGUGCAGAAAUAUGACAGGUCUGAAAAUGUGAAAAAAAUGUAAGUUUUAAGCUAUGGUUGUUUACAAAAGAUGCUAUGUUUACAAUAUGUGAUAUUUAGAUUGUACAGUUCAUGCUCAUUAUUGUGUAAAAGCUCUACUGGGUAGAUAUUUGGAAGAGAUUUUAUUUUCUUUAGUAUCAAAAUGUGACAAUAAAUGUUACACAAUUGAACACACUUUUGUUAAAGUGUCAUGUGUUUGAGAAAUCAAUGCCUAAAAGUAGAGGAGUACUUCUCAUGUACAUACAACCUGUCAGUCACAUUAUACUGUACAUGAUGGGUAACAAUGCCAAACUAAUAAAC